AUGGACCUAUCACAAGAUCCAAAUAUGGCGGAGCUGUUGAAUUUAUUGAACGAAUUGCCGAGCACGGAGUGGAAUGACCGAAACAAUCAGCUUGUGGAUUCACCGGCUGCCGAGCUCGCCAAUCCAGUAGAUACGAUACGACCGUACGAAUGGCCUCACCAGCGCGAGUUCGUUGUGCCGACGUACGAUGCGAAACAGCGCGAUGCACUAUAUUUGCCGGCCAAAACCAGUGUGGUGUCGUCGGAUUCGGGCGAGAAUACAAGCUCGGUUGUUAAGAGUGGUACUGUUUGGGUGGAAGACGAUAGCUCGAUAGAUUUACGAAGAGUUCACAUUGGUACUUUCAGAGCCGCUACGACAGCUUCGGGUAUGGAUUUGGAGCUACAGCCAGUGGAUACGGCUAUAACGACGCCAUCAGUGAAAGAGUAA